AUGGCCGGAAAAAUUACCUUCGCGCUGUUGAUCGUGGUUGUCACCUUUUUGAACCUGAACUUCACUAGUGCUGAUCCCGCUAUUGCCACCGCCUACAAUCCUUUUGAAAUUUGUAUCGAAAACUGUGCUCAAUGCAAGAAGAUGCUUGGCGCCUGGUUUGAAGGCCCUCUGUGCGUGGAAUCUUGCAUCAAGUUCAAGGGAAAGCUGAUCCCCGAAUGUGAAGACUUUGCCUCUAUCGCUCCAUUCCUCAACAAACUUUAA